UCGCCUGACGGGAAAUGACGUAGGCGACAUCAUCAAGGCUGCUGGCCAAUCAGGAAGUAGUUUACCACCGAGGGCAAGUUAGAGAGAGACGGGAGGGGGACAUCGGGGUCCGGGGACAUGAGGCGGUGACACGGUAUGUGCAGGUCGGCCGGUGGCUGCCAAAGGUGUCACACCGUGCACCAUGAAUAUUGACGUGGAGUUCCACAUACGACACAACUACCCCUGGGCCAAGCUGCCGGCCAACGUCAAACAGAGCCUUGGAAACUCUCAGAAAGACUACGAGAAGCAUGUUAUCCUGUACAGCAUUCGUAACCAGCUGAGAUACCGCAGUAAUUUAGUGAAACAUGUGAAGAAAGAUGAGCGGAAAUAUUAUGAAGAACUCCUGAAAUACAGCCGGGAGCACAUGAUUCUCUAUCCUUACCAUCUGUCUGACAUCAUGGUGAAAGGUCUCCGGAUAACACCUUUCUCCUACUACAUAGGGAUAAUGGAGGACAUUAUGAACAGUGAGAAGAGUUAUGAUUCCCUGCCGAACUUUACCGCUGCAGAUUGUCUUAGGCUUCUGGGUAUUGGAAGGAACCAGUACAUAGACCUGAUGAACCAAUGUAGAUCAUCAAAGAAAUUCUUCAGGAGGAAAACCGCUCGUGACUUGCUGCCAGUGAAGCCUGUGGACAUAACAAUAGAGCCGUGGUGGGUGGUGCAGUCUGGGUACAUCACUGAAGAUGACAUCAAGAUCUGUGGCACAGCAGAGAAAAGAGCGAUCGAUAAGAUCAUUGACUCUGGGCCUCAGCUGGCUGGUUCUCUGGAGUACAACGUGGUUCAUACUCUUUAUAAUAAAGGAUUCGUAUAUCUUGAUGUACCAAUCUCAGAUGACAGUUGUAUAGCUGUGCCUCCCCUUGAAGGGUUUGUGAUGAACCGGCUACAAGGAGACUAUUUUGAAACUCUUCUCUAUAAGAUAUUUGUGUCUAUUGAUGAACAUACAAAUGUGGCAGAGCUCUCAAAUGUCCUGGAGAUCGACCUGUCUCUUGUAAAGAAUGCCGUCUCCAUGUACUGCCGCUUGGGGUUCGCCCUUAAAAAGGGGCAGGUGAUAAAUCCGGAUCAGCUGCACCUAUCGUGGAGGAACGUCCCAUCUGUAAAUAGACUGAAAAGCACUUUAGACCCACAGAAGAUGCUUUUGUCCUGGGAGAGUACAGAUAGCAAAAGCCCUGUACAAGAUCUGGCAUCUUCGGCCACCGAUACUGAUACAACCAGCCAGGAAGACCAAGCAGACACAUCAAGCGUUAGCAGCCUCAACUUAACCAGCGGACACAUGAAACGUUUCGCCUUUCUGUUUGAUUCAACUCUCACUGCCUUCUUGAUGAUGGGGAAUCUGUCACCGAACCUAAAGAGCCAUGCGGUGACCAUGUUUGAAGUGGGAAAACUGUCAGAUGAGUCUUUGGACAGUUUCUUGGUGGAGCUUGAAAAGGUACAAAGCACAGGGGAAGGAGAAGCUCAGAGGUACUUUGAUCAUGCUCUCACCCUCCGGAACACCAUCCUCUUUCUGCGGCACAACAAAGAUCUUCUUGCACAACCUGAUCAAGCUGCUGCAGGUAUACCACUGGACCUAUUGCGAUGUGAAAGCCUUUUGGGUCUGGACCCAGCAACCUGCAGCCGAGUAUUAAAUAAGAACUAUUCUCUCCUGGUAUCUAUGGCACCUCUCACCAAUGAGAUACGACCCAUCAGCAGCUGCACCCCACAGCACAUCGGUCCGGCCAUCCCAGAAGUGAGUUCCAUAUGGUUCAAACUCUACCUAUACCACAUUUCAGGAUAUGGACCACCCUCUCUCUUGCUGUCAAAGGGAACCAGACUCCGGAAACUGCCUGAUGCUUUCCUAGCCUAUGACCGCUUAUUGAUUACAUCAUGGGGUCACGAUCCAGGAGUCGUUCCAACAUCAAAUGUACUAGUUAUGCUGAACGAUGCAUUGACGCAUUCUGCAGUUCUUAUUCAGGGUCAUGGCAUGCAUGGGAUGGGAGAGACUACACAUGUACCUUUCCCGUUUGAUGAAGCAGAACUGCAAGGAGACUUUUCCAGCCUCAAUAUGGGAGUCCAUAAAGCCUUAAAAGUCUUGAGGGAGAGGAUAGACCUGGAGCACUUCUGUGGCUUCAUUACCAUGCUGAACCCCAGAAGCCAACACGUCCGCCAGAGGAGACUGAGCAAUGCUUCUGAUGUCAAAGGUGAUCCGCUGGGUUUUUAA